UCAAUAGUCGUAUAUCAAUUUUCAUGUAUGGUUUCAAAAAAUGCUGUUGAGAAACCGUAAAAUUAAAUUUUUUUAAAAUAUUCUGGAAACAAAAUACUGACAACCAAAAUGAAUUUUACUAGUUUAUUUUAUAGUUCAAAAUAAGUUUAUUAUUGUCAGUUUAUUGGGUGUACUUUUGACUAAGAAAAUAUGGAAAGACCUGUUGUACGUUAUGAAAAGAUUGACUUUCUGGGAGAGGGUCAGUUUGCUACAGUAUACAAGGCUAGAGACAUUAAAACAGAUAAAAUUGUGGCAGUAAAAAAAAUUAAAAUAGGUUCAAGAUUGGAGGCACAAGAUGGAAUUAAUAGAACUGCCCUUCGAGAAAUUAAAUUACUUCAAGAGUUACAACAUAUUAAUCUCAUCGGCUUAUUGGAUGUUUUUGGACACAAGUCAAAUGUAUCACUAGUGUUUGACUUUAUGGAUACAGAUUUAGAAAUGAUAGUUAAGGAUAAUACAAUUGUACUUACUCCUGGAAAUGUUAAGGCUUAUACCAUAAUGACACUCAAAGGUUUAGAAUAUUUGCAUGAAAAUUGGAUACUGCACAGAGAUUUGAAACCCAAUAAUCUGCUGAUUAAUCGAGAGGGCAUUUUGAAAAUUGGUGAUUUCGGAUUAGCAAAAGCUUUUGGGUCGCCUACAAGAAUAAAUACACAUCAGGUUGUGACUCGAUGGUACAGAUCUCCUGAACUACUAUUUGGAGCCAGACAGUAUGGCACAGGAGUGGAUAUGUGGGCAGUUGGAUGCAUACUGGCUGAGCUGCUGUUACGAGUUCCUUUUCUUCCGGGUGAAACAGAUUUAGAUCAACUGUCUAAAAUAUUUUCUGUCUUUGGAACACCCACUGAGGAAACAUGGCCAGGUAUGAAAAACCUGACAGACUACGUUAAGUUCAAGCAUUUUCCGAGUCAGUCGCUGCGGCAUAUCUUUAGUGCGGCGUCUGAUGACCUCAUAGACUUAUUAGAGAGCCUCCUUGCUUUAUAUCCUCCGCGUCGCUGCGAUUGCACGCAGGCUCUACAGAUGCCUUACUUUAGUAACAAGCCGCCACCAACAGUCGGGCCGAAACUCCCGAUGCCCUCAAACAUUACAAAACUAGAACUAGAAAAGCCGUCUUUGAAGAGAAAGUUGCUGGACAACAUCGACGGUGGUUCAUUAGCCAAAAAACUACAAUUUUAACCCUGUUCUAUCACAUUUCUAAAUCAUCUAAGCAGAUAUUUAACAUUGCCAUUAAAUGCAAUGUAUUCCAAAUAUAUAUACUUUUGACGCAUAUUAAAUUAGGAAUUAACGGAUAUGACUAUUUUUAAGACAAAAUUGUAAUAAGAUUAAUAAAUUUUAUAUUUCCAA